ACAAAAUUUUAUUUCAUUUUGAUUGGUACAUAAUAAAGACUGAUUUCAUUUUAACAUUGCAAAUAUAUUUAAAUACGGUAUUUAUUAUACACUUGGGUCAGUUUCAUCACAGACGUCGCAGUGUAAAGAUGGAUAGAAUUAACUGUCUUGAGUGUGGUGUAACAUUUUGUAGUAGAUACAACAUGAUGCGGCAUAAUAGAAACAAACAUCUAAAAGGAGACGAGCACUUUAGAAUUUCAACUCAUACGCCUAAAUUGGCAACGGGAGUGCCUCAAGGAGGGUCACAGGGAGCGCCGGGGGCGCAUUUGGGAGCGCCGAGAGCUCCCUUACAGGGAGCUCCACAAGGAGCUCCACAAGACGUGUCACAGAGAGCGCCGGGAGGAGCUCCGCCCGGAGCGCUUCAGGGAGGACCGCAGGAAAUUAAACCAACUAUUCUACAGCAUCCUUUUACCAUGAUGAUUUCUGGUCCCACAGCAUGUGGAAAGACAACAUUUGUAAAGGAAUUGCUGCAAAAUCAUAUCUACAGAAUUAAGCCUGGUGUACAAAGAAUAGUGUGGUUGUACAAGAGGUGGCAACCAAUGUAUGGGGAAAUACAAAGCACAGUUUACCCCGAGGUGAAAUUCUACCAAGGCAUUCCAUCCGACAUAAACGAAGACGAAUAUUUUGACACAAAGUUAAAUAACUUGCUAAUUCUGGACGAUAUGAUGUCAGAGGCUGGAAAGGACAAAAGAAUCACAGAUUUAUUCACGGAGGGAUCGCAUCACCGAUCCUUGUCGGUGAUUUCCAUCAAUCAAAACCUAUACGCCAGCAAGGAUCCGACACAGAGAAGAAACUGUCAUUAUCUUGUAAUGUUCAAUAAUCCAGUCGACAAACAAUCUAUGAUCACAUUAGCGAGACAGAUGUUUCCUGGUAAAACUGAAUACUUUUUAAAGAAGUUUGAGAAAGCAACUAAACAACCCUAUGGCUUUCUAUUGGUGGAUCUAAAACCAUUUACACCGGAACAUGCCAGACUGAAAUAUGAUUUAAUGUGGAUAGACAGAAAAUCUACGAACAACGAAAGCCUGACAGAACUGACCAAUCAGAUGACAGAUCCAGGCCAAAAUUGUAUAAAAGACGAGCAACAAUCAGAUUUAAAUUAUUUGUCAGUCGGAAUUCAAACUGUAGACAUCCCAGGAAAUAAUAGUGAAAUUAUGGCUGAAAAUACGAAUGCUUGCGACGAUUGUGGACUUUUGUUUGACUCUUCGCACGAUGUACAGAGACAUGUAAAACGAGGGUGGUGUGCAGAAAAUAACGAUACUACGCAACCAAAGAAAAGAAAAAUAGACGACAGCAGUGAUGAUGAAAUGGGAGAUAACAUUGAAGAAAAUCAGGCUUAUCUAUCCCUCUGGAAAAAAGCUAUAGACUGUAACGACGAUAAAUACGACAAAUUGUAUAAUCAGUUUAUACAGGACGGAGAAGACAAGGAGUCUGCACAGGAAAUGACAGAAGAUCGUAUCCAGCCAUAUAAUGAACGCACAUUCUUCACAAAAUAUGAGUAUUUGUUGGAUUCGUAUAUUCUGCCAUUUCAAAACAGUACACUGCAUCAAAAGAUUUUACAAGACAUACAUUCAUUAACACAGAAGCAUGUAAGCACUGAAUCGGCAAUUAAGCGUGUGCUGCGAAAGUACAAGCCUGACUUUAAAGAACUAUUCGAGACAGAAUUGUCGGACGAGGAAAGUGAUGAAGAAAGCGAGGAGGACGAGUCUGAUACUGAAUAAAAUACUUAAUGUACAUGUAUAAACAUUUAUUUCAUUUACGUUGUGGACUGUUUACAGGAUGAAUGAUUUGCAAGACGAAGAAAUUAAAGGAACAUUUUAUGAGAGUGAAUUACAGAAAGUGGACUAUGAUCCAGACCAGGCAUUUAAAAUAGAACAAAUUCUCAAAACUAGAGGCAAAUGACAGAAUAAACAAUACUUUGUGAAAUGGAGAUAUUAUCCUAAAAAGUUCAACAGCUGUGUGAAAGCUAAUGACCUGCAGUGAUUUUUACAUACAUAUUGUAUAUACAGAUUUCGAUUACUAAACAGAAGCUCUUUUGUAUAGCUUGUGUAUUGUAUUGUUUGUCUUGUAAAUAUCUUGUAAAUAAAUUGACAUAAACUAUA